UCCCUUUUCGGGUACGGGGAGGGGCUGCAAUGGUGGUAGGCGGAGAGGAGGGGAUGAGCGUGUAGCUGCUUCAUGGCGGAGACUGCCGGAGAGGGAGUGGCAUCUCGCGUGGAGCUUGGAGACGGCGGAGGAGAAGGACGUCGCCGUUGUUAGCGGGCCGACCGCAAUGGCAACGCCGCCGCCGCCGCCGCCAGCGUUCGUGUACCGGAUCAGCACGGGGAGCGAGUGGGCGGAGCUCCAGCGCACCGGCGGCACCCUCGGCGGCGACCUCGACCGCUCCACCGGCUGCUUCCACCUCAGCGACCUCGCCCAGGUGAAGAUGACACUGAAGAAUUAUUUCCGUGGGCAAAAUGAUCUGUACCUGCUACAAAUUGACACUGCCAAGAUUGCAGAUGGCUUAAUUUAUGAGGCAGCUGAUGGCUGUAACUAUUUUCCUCAUUUCUAUGGCCCUGAUCGGAGCUUUGCACCCCUUCAACUAAGUGCUGUUGUCAAGGCAGACAAAAUAGAGCUGACGAACAAUGAUUUUACUUGCAGUCUACUUGAUGGAGCACCCAUCUAAUUCUAAUGUGUAACUGUAAGGUUUCACCCUUGGCCCUUGUUUCCAUAAUUUCCUUGUAAGUUCCUUGCCAAAUUUAUUGAAGAGAGGUUGUCCACAUGCUUAUGCUAGUAAUGGAAAGUACACAAAUUUAAUGUCAA